UGAUAUGUCUUAUCUUUGGCUGCUAGCGCUGUCCUGUGCGUUACUGUGGGGUCCGAAGCUGUUGUCUGCUAUGGAGGAUGCGCAUUUAAGAACGCUCAAGUCGCAGAAACUGCCCGAGAAUGUGAAGCCCAUUAGAUAUAACCUGACGAUAGUCACAUUGCAGAACGACUCGUUCUAUGGGGAAGUGGAAAUUGAACUAAUCGUGCAGGUGGAGCAACGCUAUCUGACCCUAAAUGCCAAGGGUUUGCAUGUGAAGAAGUUUUGGCUGAGGCGCAAGAACACUGGUCUUCGGAUCACCAUCAAUAGCACCGAGACGAAACCCGAGGCCGAGCAGAUAAUUGUACACUUUAACAAUCGGCUGUGGCUGGGCGAACAGUAUAAGCUGCUGUUGCAAUUCAAAGGAACACUGGAAACAGAGAGUAUUGGCUAUUAUAAGACCAGUUAUGUGGACAAUGAAAACAAGACGGUGUGGCUGACGACCACACACUUCAAGCCGAAUACGGCACACUACGCCUUUCCCUGUCUGGACGAUCCACAGUUCAAGACUCCAUUUAUUCUCAAUCUGGCGCAUCAUAAGAGUCUGCAGGCUGUCAGCAACAUGCCCCCAAAAAAACGAGUCAAGAAUACAUUCCUGCAGGACUUCGUGUGGACUUAUUUCGAAGAGUCCGUCCCAAUGCCCACAUACCUUCUGGCCUACUCCCUCAACAGUUUGGUUGAGCAGAAAUUUGUACGGAAGAAAUCACCUGAACUUACGGCUUGGCUGCGACCAGGCACUGAGGAUCAUAGCAGUUAUGCCAUGAAUAUAUCUUCGGAGCUAUUGGACUACAACGAGUGGCUCUUCAAUCAUUCCCAUCCACUUGCCAAGAUCGAUCAACUGGUACUGUCGGGUAUUGAAACUAAUUUGGGGGAAUCUUUUGGUCUAAUCUCCUUUCAAGAGACGAACUUUCUGUAUAAAGAGAAUAUCGAUUCGUUGAAUGUGAAGCAGCGCGUGGCUGAAAGAAUCGCCCAACGGUUCUCGGAACAGUGGGUUGGACAUUUGGCGUCCAUCAGCAAGUGGGAUGACAAUUGGAUCAUGAAAGGCCUGGCCAUGUAUAUAGCCGGCUUUGGUCUCGACAAAGUCGAGCCCACUUGGCGACAUCACGAGAAACUCUUACUCGCUAAUAUCUUUAAUGUGUUUGAGGAGGACGAUCAUGUGCACACCUAUUCGUUGUCCAUUGAUGCGAAUCUGGAACAUAGGGUCUGGCAGGCGUUCGAUUCCUUUUCGCGCACAAAAUCAUUUAUGCUCUUUCGGAUGCUGCAUCAUCUAAUUGGAACUGAUGUCUUCCUCAAGUCCAUGCGUGCCUUUGUAGAGCGCUAUGCUGAGGACCUGUUGGAUCCGGAUGAGCUGUGGGAGAUAUUCCAGCAAAUAUCGGAAAAGGCCUUGAGCUUGCGAGACGACAUUAAAGUGCAGACGGUGAUGAACUCGUGGACCCAGGAUCAAGGUUAUCCACUCAUAACGGUCAUACGCAAUCAUGAGAAUAAGACGGCUACGGUGACCCAAACUCGUUUCUUUCGCACACCACCGAACCCCAACGACAUACCUUCGUACACGAGGGAAAAGUCCCGAGACCGCUGCUGGUGGUUGCCGCUCAGCUAUACGGUUCAGAGUAAGCCCGACUUUGCACACUCGAUGCCACGAGCCUGGCUCAAGUGUCCAACGACGGGCAAAAUGGUGGCACCACCACUCGAGAUAGCGAACCUGGGCUCACCCGAUAACUGGGUUAUAUUUAAUGUCCGCCUAUCGGCCCCCUAUCGCGUCAACUACGACCCCAUCAACUGGGCCCUAAUAACUGAAACCCUGCUCUCGGAUGAAUUUGAAAGCAUUGAUAAAAUCAAUCGCGCUCAAAUUAUUGAUGAUGCCUUAAAUCUCGCGUGGACCGGCAUUGAGUCCUACAAUCUGGCACUGACGCUGAUGAGCUACAUACAUCGUGAGGAUAGGUUUGUGGUUUGGGAGGCAGCACUGCGCUCCCUAAAUCGCAUUAAUAAUGCUCUCAAGCAGGCACCAGCUUAUCGUUUGUUUAAGAGCUAUGUGCGUCUAUUGAUAGAGCCACAGUUCCGCAAGAUUUUUGGUAAGGAUACGAAUGGGAGUAAUGCCAGCAAGGCAAUGAUGCGUCUUGUAAUGCAAAUCGCAUGUAACUUCGAUCUGCCGCAAUGUUUGGAGAGAGCCUCAAAGAAGUUUGCCGACUUUAUUGCCAACAAAACCAAGAUACCCGAGGAUCAGCGGGACGUCGUUUUCUGUACAGCCAUUCGAAUGGGAAGCGAGUCCGAAUGGACGACCCUCCAUCGUCUCUUCGCCGCGUCGAAGGUGAGCAACGAGCGCAGUGUUAUGUUGGCCGGGCUCGGCUGUAGUCGCGACACAUGGGCCUUGGAGAAGGUACUUCGCUGGGCUUUUGAGGCCAAAAGCAAGCAUAUUACGGUUCAAACAUUUCAAUCGGUCGUCCGAAAUUCUGUGGGCUAUUUCCUCGCCAAGAGCUAUCUGUUCGCCAACAUGAAGAACAUCAAAAAAUUCUUGGGCAAUGUAACUGGCCAGAUUGUCCAGAUUGUAAGGCCAUUGAUUUUGGAAGUAUCAACCCAGACGGAAUUGGAGGCUUUCCGCACCUUAAUGUUCGAACAGCUUUAUGAUUUGCCCGUCAUAGAUACGGCCAUAAGUCGGCUGAUUGAGCGAGGCAGGGAUAACAUUCAUUGGCGUAACAAUCGCUUGCAAGAUCUUACGCUCGCCAUACGCACCCAUUCGAAGGCCAAGGGAGAUUAAAUCUGUCGCACUGAAGGGCUGGAGCACAAUUCAUCCUUUUUGGAAAAUGUAAAUUUGCCUUCUCUUUCUUUUCUUUAAAACACAUACUACAUAUUUUUUAAGAAAAUACAAAACUAUGUACAUUUUUA